AUGCUACGAUUUUUUAUGGUAGCUUUCUUUGUGGGUGCGUCUGCUGAAGUUUUAUACGAUGGACCUUGUCCUGAAGUGAGGCCUAUGGAAAAUUUUAGUUUCAAAACUUAUCAAGGGCUAUGGUACGAAAUCGCCCGAUUUCCUAACGUCGGUGAGGAAGGCGCUAGAGGCAAGUGCACCACCGCUAGUUACACCGUUGAUGGAGACAAAGGCAAGGUUAGAAACACCCAGGUUAUUGACGGCGUCAAGUCAUACAUCGAUGGUGACCUCUCUCUUGUUGAGCCUGGAAAACUGAUGCUCACUUACACUUUUGGAGGUAAAUCAAAGAAUUCCUACUUGAUUGUGCUGGAUACCGACUACAAGAACUAUGCCAUUGCCUACAGCUGCAAAAACCUUGAGGAUACCAACAAACACCAAGUUUUCUCCUGGAUUAAAUCUAGAAGCCAAACCCUCGAGGGUGCUGCUAAGGAAACUGUUGACGCCUAUCUGAGGAACUCCAAGUUCAUUGAGAGUGCCAAAUACAUUAAAAAUGACCACUCUGAAGACGCUUGCAAAGCUACGGUUACCAGAGCUAUCACUGAAUUUUAUAGAAAUUAUUAG